GACCACUAGUUGAAAAAAAUCUUCCCUUGUCUUCUCCCUCACCCUUUUCUUCCCGUGUUUGCCCAUAUAAGUGUGGUUUCCACUUAAAUGGAGAAACAGAGAAAGUCUUGCAGAAGUGCACUAGCAUUAGCAUAUUGCUCCAACAAAGAUGGCAAUGACUUCGCCGUCAUCACAAUGGUCGGGAAGUACCAGUGGUAUCAUUUCUCAACCAGUUCAAACUGAUGAAGAACGCCUCUGGCGGUACCUGCCGCUGUACAAAUUAACACUUGAUGGUAAUUGGAAGCUGGCCAAACCAUUUUUCCUCGGUGAUCCUGAUGCAAUCAGAGCCAAGAUUACUGCAGCAGGGGACACAGCACUCCACAUAGCAGCUGGGACUGGAAAGGCAAUUCAUUUUCUGGAGGAGCUCUUGAAGUUGGGCAAUGUUUCAGAUUUGCAUUUGCUUAACGGAAAUGGCGACACUGCGCUUUCAGUUGCUGCAAUGGUUGGGAAUACUCCGGCGGCCAAGUUAUUCUUGAUGAGGGAUCCGCAAUUGGCAUUAAUAGUUAACAAAGACGGUCGCCUUCCAAUCACCGAGGCUGCCCGAUUCGGCCACAAGAAGAUGGUUUUACUUCUACUGCGGUUCAUCGAGGAUGGGAUGAUGGAACCUUCUGGAGACAAGCCGGGUUACUCCCUUCUUAAUCUACUGAUUAUGGCCGGAUUCUAUGAUGUGGUUCUUGUCCUAGCAGAACAUUAUAAAGAGCUGGUUACAACAAGAUUUGUUGAUGGGGACUCUCUUUUAAACUUAAUCGCUCAAAGACCUUCUGCAUUUCCGAGCGGAAGUCGACUUAGCCUUCGGCAGCGCUUAAUUUAUGCUGUUGUACCUGUGAACUUGGGCAAUAAAUUGAAAAGCAUCUCAAGCCUCCUUGACGGAAAACACAAGAACGUGGACAAGCUGCAGCCAAUUUCUCUCUUGCAUGCUCUGUUGGACAAACUACAGUAUUUGCACAACAAACUACUACAUUUCGGACUCAGCAGGCUCAGUCUAUUUUAUGUGACCGUCAUACUUUUCCUAUUUGGUUUCAACUUCAUGGGUGAUCUUCUAAUGCACAUCAUCAUUUUGUUUUAUGUCGUUUGGGAAGUCAACCGUGUAGUGGGAGACAUAAUCUACAUUCAUGGCACAAAAUCCACGCAUAAACAUGCUCUUCAAAUUGUGAAAUGCCUCUGCUCCGAAAUUAUUGAUUCACGUAGUCCAAGAGAUCCCUCAAUACUUGAACAGGCUCUUAUUUCAGCAGGACGGUCAGGGAUUCAUGAAAUUGUGGAAGAGAUUGUGGGUUCAUUUCCUGAUGCCGUUUGGUUUUCUGACAUUGAGAACCAUAAUGUACUUCAACUUGCUGUUAUGAAUCGCCAUGAUAAAGUAUUUAACCUCAUAUAUCAAUUGAGUGCAUAUAAGCAUUUGUUAACAGCAUCCCAUGACACUUCGGGGAAUAAUAUUUUGCAUCUGGCUGGAAAAUUAGCACCUUCUAACCAGCUCAAUCUUGUUUCCGGUGCGACUUUGCAAGUACAGCGUGAGUUACAAUGGUUUAAGGAAGUGGAGAAGUUUAUACAUCCAACUCUCAAAGAGGAUAAAAACUCUGAAGGAAAAAUACCGGCAGUGGUAUUUACUGAGGCCCACAAGGACUUGAUUAAGGAAGGAGAGAAAUGGGUGAAAGCGGCAGCUAAUUCUUGCACAUUUGUCUCAGCACUCAUUGCUACUGUAGGGUUUGCAGCAGCCAUUACUGUACCUGGUGGCAACAAUCAAAAUGAUGGCUUCCCAGUAUUCUUCAAAAAAAAGGCCUUCAGAGUAUUUUCAAUCUCAGAUGGAGUGUCUCUAAUCUCUUCCAUUGCUUCAGUGCUAAUGUUCUUAUCUAUCCUCACAUCACGCUAUGCCGAAGCUGAUUUUCUUGUAUCCCUUCCCAGAAGGUUGUUUGUGGGCCUUGUUACUCUGUUCCUUUCCAUAACCUCCUUGACGGUGGCAUUUGGUGCCUCAAUAUACCUUGUUUUCUGCCACGAAGAUGUCGAUAUUAUUGCUCCGUUGAUUAUAUUGGCCUUUCUGCCGGUGUGGAUGUUUGGGGCCGGGCACUUUCCCCUACUUGUUGAUAUAUUCCUGUCUAGCAUGGGGCGCAUUUUCCGCAAGCAAAGUGCACGCAUACUAUACUAAAUACGCAAACAAGGUGGGAAUUUUCUGCAUAUCGUAUCAGUUUAUCUCCCGAUGACAUGCAUUUUUCCUUAGUCAGCCGUAGCAGUCGUCGGGCAGGCGGAACAACGAUUGCUGGGAGGAGCUUCAGUUUCUAUUUCUGCUUUACGAAUAUGAAGCUUCUCAAGUAUUUUAACCCAAUUUGCCCCUCUCAUAUUCCUUAGUCACUUUAUAUAACAUUAUGUAAUUUUUUAUUUAUGAA